AUUUUUUGUUCGCUGCUGGAAUAGAGAUGACCGCCGAGGGGUAACGUUAGACGAGCAGAAUUUUCACUUUUUAUAUACUGACGAGACUUCCAACAAACUCUUCACUUUAUAAACUGCUGAGGCAUACUUUUCUUCUAUUGUCUACAAGGCCUUGGGCCUCAUUGGUCUGAUCGCAAUGGUACUUAUUCUGGGCAGAAGACUGAACCGGGAGGACUCUGGAGUCCGUGAGUCCCCAGCAGUCAAGCGAAAGGUUCUGGAGAUGGACAACAAGUCACUUGGUAAUCAUGAAGUGUUUGAUUUCUCCUCCGGGCCCUGCCACUCCGAGAGCAUUCUGCAGAUGUUUAAUGAGUUCCGUGACGGCCGAUUGUUCACGGACGUGAUGAUCAGUGUGGAGGGUCGUGAGUUCCCGUGUCACCGUGCCGUGUUGUCAGCUUGCAGUAGCUACUUCCGUGCAAUGUUCUGCAAUGACCACCGGGAGAGCCGUGAGAUGUUGGUGGAGAUCAACGGCAUCCGUGCUGAAGCCAUGGACACCUUCCUGCAGUACGUCUACACUGGACGUGCCCGCAUCACUACAGAUAAUGUGCAGUUCCUCUUCGAGACCUCCAGCCUCUUCCAGAUCAGCACUCUGCGUGAUGCUUGUGCCAAGUUCUUGGAAGACCAACUUGACCCCUGCAACUGCCUGGGCAUCCAGCGUUUUGCCGACACGCACUCCCUCAAGCAACUGGCCAGUCGCUGCCGCUGUUAUGCACUGCAGAGCUUUACCGAUGUGGCCCAGCAUGAAGAAUUCUUGGACUUGCGUAAGGAGGAACUGGAGGAGUACAUAGCUAGUGACGAGCUAGUCAUUGGAAAGGAGGAGACCGUGUUUGAGGCAGUGAUGCGUUGGGUGUACUACGAUGUGGACCACCGUCGAAUCAUGCUUAGAGACCUUCUCAACCACGUCCGACUGCCCCUGCUGCAUCCAAAUUAUUUUGUGCAGACGGUAGAAGGUGACCAGUUGAUCCAAAAUGCACCAGAGUGCUAUCAGCUCCUGCACGAAGCCAGGCGCUAUCAUGUCUUGGGCAAUGAAAUGAUGUCACCUAGAACCCGUCCACGCAGGUCUACUGGAUUCUCAGAAGUCAUUGUGGUAGUUGGAGGGUGCGAGAGGAUGGGGGGUUUCAACCUGCCAUAUACUGAAUGCUAUGAUCCGGUAACUGGGGAAUGGAAAUCCUUAGCCAAACUCCCAGAGUUCACCAAGUCAGAGUAUGCUGUGUGUGCCCUCAGGAACGACAUUCUGGUCUCAGGUGGUAGAAUUAACAGCAGGGAUGUCUGGAUGUACAACUCCCAGCUCAACAUCUGGAUCAGGGUUGCCUCCUUGAACAAGGGCCGCUGGAGACACAAAAUGGCAGUUUUGUUGGGAAAGGUGUAUGCCGUUGGUGGAUAUGACGGUCAGUCACGACUAAGCAGCGUCGAAUGCUACGAUUCUUUCUCAAACCGCUGGACAGAGGUGGCACCCAUGAAGGAGGCUGUCAGCUCACCAGCCGUCUCCAGUUGUGUCAACAAACUAUUUGUGAUUGGAGGAGGACCUGACGAUAACACAUGCUCAGAUAAGGUUCAGUGCUAUGACCCAGAGUCUGACUCCUGGUUGCUAAGGGCCAACAUCCCCAUCGCUAAGCGCUGCAUCACGGCCGUAUCACUGAACAAUCUCAUCUAUGUUUCUGGAGGCCUGACCAAAUCCAUUUACUGUUAUGACCCCACUGAAGAUUACUGGAUGCAUGUGGUCCACACAUUCAGCAAACAGGAAAGUUGUGGUAUGUCGGUAUGUAACGGAAAGAUCUAUAUCCUGGGUGGCCGUGGUGAAAACGGAGAGGCAUCAGAUACAAUCCUGUGCUAUGACCCGUCCACCGGCAUCAUUACGGGCGUGGCCGCCAUGCCCCGCCCUAUUUCUUACCACGGCUGCGUCACCAUCCACCGCUACAAUGAGAAGUUCUACCAUUCUUGACAUUAAAAAAGCAUACUCACUGACUCGCACAGGGACAUGGAUAAACUGAGCCGUACUAUAGAGAACGUAGUAUUAUGUUAGGUAAGGUGAGUCCAGUUCACAAGCUUUGAGACCAGUCAGUUAAACUGACAACUACAUAACUCAUUUCAGUGUACAGUGCAAACAUUCUAUCAUUUACUCCCCCUCACGUCAUUCCAAACCCAUAUGACCUUUCUUCUAAAGAAAACAAAAGAAGAUAUUUUAGACAAAAUCAAAUUAGACCCCAACUUCAUUGUAACAUUUUUUUUAUUUUUUAUUAUAUGUUCUACCGGCCUUUAUAGUCGGAUACAGAUUGUGUAUGGAUUUGCAUAUUUCCAUAUCCGUUACCCAAAUACUUCUAAACUGAUUGACAGCUGAUUGUGAAUUCUAGCUGGUCUCUGAUCCCUCAACCUCACUUGUUGUUCCUGUCAAUUAAACGUCUUUAUUUGCUUUCCCCCCCCCCACUUCAUUUCUAUUAUUGCAUUUUAUAUUGUAUUUUAAUGUCUGGUGUAAGUUGUUUUGAGUGGGUUAACGGCGUGAUUAUUUGUGUCUGGUAGAUAGUGUUCGAUUGUGAUAAAUCCAUGUGUGUGUAUAUAAGUGCGUUUGAAAAGAUUCAGCUGGAUGUGUGGGCGUGACAGACGGACACAGAAUAUGCAGGAACUACUUUUUGUUGAGCCAUGUCUAAUAGGUAAAUGGUUCACAACAAUCCAUCAGGCACAGAAAAUUAUUGUAUUUCUUUUAAUAUUUCUUUACGUAUGUAUUUGGGUGAUAUUAACUGUUUUCUGUAUUUUGUAGUAGAAAUUGCGGCUAUCAUGACAUUUAAAGGAAAAACGUGUUUUUUAUUAUGUGUUUGCUCUUUUAUAGUAAUGCCAUCCAUAUGAAGCAUUACUGUUGAUUAGCCUCUGUAUAAUUAUUCUGUAUCAUUUAGCAACAUGCUUUCUUGCAUAUCAUGUAGAAUACAAGCAAAGAUGUCUCGUUUAUAAGUGAAUCAAAUAAUGUUCUUUCACUUUAAGUUAUUUAUUCUUCAUGGAUGUUUGAAUGCCCCAACCAGGCACUUAAGUCAAUAUAUCGCAGUGUCCCAGAUGUAAAUAUGAAUUUGAUGAUCCUUCUUCAGGUUUACUGUAUCAGUAAGUGUUUGCAAUGGUGAAGCAUCAGGCCAAAUGGCCAGUUCACACUCUCAGCUCCCAUAAAACUCUUCCUUUUUUUUGUUCUCACAAUAAUCUGAGCUCAGUAUUUGUGUGUACAGUGCAGUGACGUAGCAGCAAAAUAUUGUGUUUGUGCUCUGGGGAGCAGUGAUGUCAGCUCUGUUGCCUGCUUUUGGUGAGCAGGAUUGUUUAAAUUUGUCAGCUGCAAGACCAGAACAAUAGAGGACACACAUUGUUCGUUUUACUCUGGGAAUUGUACAAUGCAACUGCUAGACCCUGCACAUAUAUGCACAUAAUGCAGCAUGGUGUUUCUAUAACCUUUUUGAGUGUAGUAUUUUUGGUGUGUAGUUUUAUGACAGUGUGUUUGUGUAAAUAAAUGGUGAGUUUGUUGUCUUUUUGCUAUAUAGGCUUGUUUUUUUUUCUGAUAACUUUCAGUUGCUAAAAGCCAUAAACGGAAUGUUUUGUUUUUUUUUAAUUUUACAAAUGUUUAUUUUUGAGCGAGUCCUUAUACACUUUAUCUGUGCAUGGUAAAAACUAUAUAACUCGUAUGGCAAGAAAAAGAAAUCGUUAGGGAGAAGAUGCGCCUUUAGCGCUAAUUAGUGAUGGCAGAGAAAAGUGCCAAUUUAAGAAGAUAUUACUUAAGUGCAUUAAAAUAAAUUACUAUCUUGUGCCUUGUGGUGGAAUGAUACACAUUUGACAACUAGCCAAAGAUGGGUGUUUUUUUUUUCUUCUGUUAAUUCCAGUACAAUAUUGUAAAAGAAACUGCCAACCUUUUAUGUAAUAAUUUUACAUGUGUUAAACCGUUGCUAAAAUGUUCUUGUUCUGAGUACCCGAAAUGUACAAGCGCUUAAUGUGGUGUACAUGCAUACAUUUCUUCAAUAAAGCUAUU